AUGGUCCUGCAACACUCUGACCGAGAUUACGACAAGAACUCUAGAGAGUCAUCCUCCACUCUACUUCAACACCACGAGGAUGGCUUUUCCGGACAGUAUGCGCCUUCGGGGAGACUCAGAGAGUACGCUGGGCCGUCCAGAAGGUGGCAAGACUGGAUCAAAUGGAGCGUUAUCUUUGCCAACACGGCACUAUUCAUUGCGAGCAUCACAUUGUUUGUCAAGAGUGUUUCGGUGAAGCAGGACUGUCCGUCCGUUCAUAAGCCCUCUUGGGCAGAGCAAUUCGAGCCUGACUUGCGAUACGACAGCCGGGUGACCUUUCAACCACACUCGUACUUCGGCGGUCCGCCAUCUAACGAGACAAACGAGAUGUGGCAGCGACUGUCUCCUCCGGGAGAUGGAAUUGUGGAAGUUCCUAUCGAGUUGGCGAAGAAUCUCCCGGCUUCAUUGCCUGCGCCAAACAAUCCUGACACAAUGCUUGUGUAUGGAGUCUCGGUAUUUCAUCAGCUUCACUGUCUUAACUUCCUUCGCUUUGCCUACUACCCAGAAUCCGUGGUCGAUUACCCUCCUAACGAGAUUGCCUUCCACCGAGACCACUGCCUCGACUACAUCCGACAGGCAUUGAUAUGCCAUGCCGACGCAACCUUUGAGCCUCUGACACAAGUGGGCAUCAAUGGAAUGGGCGCUAUUCAUCAGUGUCGGGACUUUGAGAAAGUCUUUUCCUGGGCAUACGAGCAUCGCUCAGACAAAGUACAUUCAGGAUACACUGGCGGAAAGGUCACCCAUACACCGGGUCACCGCAAUGACUUUGACGAGGAACAAGGGACUGGGCAUCACCAUUGA